GCAUGUAUUAAAUCACUAACAUGGACAUUGCUGGUCAUCGUGGUAUUUCUCGUCAGUCUGAAAUAUGGGGGACAGUUGAUAUAUAGAUCUAAAAGCAGAAUACAUAAACCAGCAAAAGAAACGUGUCGGAAAAUGGUGAGAAGGGCAGAGAACGAGGGCUACUUUAAGAUUGUUGGCUAUAACUGGACAAUGACACCGUAUUGUCCAGAAUUUGGAGCUUGCUUAUUAAACAAGGGCAGGGUGCCCGUUAAAACUGCAGUGCAGGCAGAAUUUGAAGAGAGGAUAUCUUUGGAGGACGCAGUCACUGUGAUAAUAAAAACCGCCAAUAGACUCGGAGUAACUAAGCGUCUGGUGGAAAGCAUCUUUCAAUUUUAUGAAAAUCUCAAAAUUAUUGUAGUCGAUGAGGCAAAUCCAGAGCUUCUGAGAAGGAAUGAAAGUUUUCGGAAAGAGUACGACGAAUGGCGCCAUUACACGUCGACGACACGUGGCAAGGUAUAUUACAUACAAGUUCAAAAAGACGCUGGAAUAUCACACGGUAGAAAUGUCGGCCUGUUUAUUGUUCGAACCAAGUACUUCUUACUCUUGGACGAUGACAUGAUAUUCGACAAGGAAACAAACAUUCGAAAACUGAAGGAGCUUCUAGAUCACACUAAUUUAGUAGUUGUUGGGGGCUUCAUUAGAGAAAACAGAAUAAAGUUGGCUAUCAAUGGGAUAUUUCGCGUGCAUGCCGACCAGUUUAACGUACUCAGGACAUACAUAAACGAGUAUCAACUCAUGGCGUAUGAUCGCGUGAGAUGCUAUCCGGAGUGCUACGUGGUUGACGCAAUCUCGAACUUUUUCCUCGCGAGAACGGACGCCAUUUUGGAUGUUGGUGGAUGGGACGUUAAGUUACGCGUUGGUGAACACAGGGAUUUCAUGUUGACGCUAAGGAAAAAUAAUUACCCGGUUGCUGUGUGCACUGAUGUCAUUAUUGAGCAUUUCCCGCCGAAUUUAGACUUGAGAAAGAAAGCCCAAAAAGUUAUAAAGGAUGUGUACAAAGACAUGUUUUUACACAAAUGGAAUAUAAGUAACUCGUUUGCAUGUAGGUCUAUUAGGUCCAAGGCGUAUUACGAGUACAGAUGUAAGCCUUAAUUUGAAUUGCCAGAAUAAGCUCGCUGCUUCUUCUAUACAU